UUUUCUUGACUUACAUAAUUGAUAUGAAGGUGUUACCCAUCAGAAAUUUUUAUCAGGAAAGGCGACUGCUAGGUAUCGGGGUACUGCACGCGAUCCUCCGUUGAUUCAACGACUGGAACGACCAAGUCGUCGACAGCGCCCACCAACUUUGGACGAAGCAAUUGCUGCGCAAGAUGCCAGAAGAGCAGCUGCUGCAAUGGAAAGUUACCAAAGCGACAUGGAUGAUAGCUACAGCAAUUCCGAAAGUUCUUCUGAAGACGAGGCCAGCUCGGACUCUGAUACCAGUGAUUCGGACUUUUCUGUUGGGUCCGUCGGCAGUGGACGGCAUCAUGAAGAAGAUGAAGAGAAAGUGGAAACAGCUGUAACCACAUCAUCCGGCCGGCGAGUGCAGCGGCCACAAAGAAUAGAUGGAGCCAUGCCCGAAGAAGGGCGAAAAAGGGAUCAACGUCGUCGGAACAAAGCUACAGACAAUGAUGACUCUUCUGCUACUGAAGUGAGAUCACCUGAAGAAGACGAAUCAGAUAUUCCUGGUCCGUCUACAGCAGAUGCCAUUCCUACCAAAAAACCUGCACGCCCCAAACAAAAGAGAGAGAGUUUCCUCGACUCUUUUCCCGAAUGGAUGCGGAUGACCGAACCGCGACGAUUUCCAUAUAUCGCCCAGCUUGGCGAUCACGUAGUCUAUUUUCGGCAAGGACAUGAGUCAUACUUGGAAAGGGUUGAAGCUCUCAACUUAUAUCCUAUCAGUUCGAAAAUGAGACCAAAGCCAUCGCUUGCUGCCGAAGAAUUUGGUAUUGUUGACGAGGUUCGAUACGUGCGAAAGCCAUAUCGUUUGACAGUGGUCCGCCUGGCGCAAACAGACGGUGAUGGACAACGAACUGGUGCAUCUUGGACAGUUAAAUUCCACGACCUAGCAAAUGUGCCAGAUUUUAUUGUUCUGAAAGAGCACUAUGAUGCAUCAGUUGCGCAAAAUGUUCAGGAAGGAGAUAGAAUUGAAGCCAUUCUCGAUGGGCAAUGGUGGACCGGUACUGUGAAUCGAAAAGAACCCAAAUCUGAAGAAUUUCCUAGGUCAGUAUCGUUGGGUUAUGGUGAUUGA